UGAGGCCAAAGGUCCGCAGGCGGCAGGUACCGCGCAGGUCGCUGCAAGCUGUAAGUUGACGCGACCAACGGAUUUUGCUCCUCUAUCCGCCUCGCUCGCAGCCAUACGAGAUGGCACCUUCGACACUCACAAAGUCAAUAGACCGCAAGCGCAAGCGUGAUGGAGCCGAGGGAAGCGGCAACACCGAACGCAGAAGUGAGGAAGAAAAUUUCAAGCAAAAGGUGUUGCUCCUGUCAAGCCGAGGAGUGAGCCAUCGCAUGCGCCAUCUGAUGGCCGAUAUUGGCACCCUCUUGCCCCACUCGAAGAAAGACGCCAAGCUCGACAGCAAGCAUCAGCUCUACAUGGUCAACGAGCUCGCUGAUCUGUCUUCUUGCAACAAUGCGCUGUUCUUCGAAGCAAGGCGAAGGAAUGAUAUCUACCUCUGGGCUGCCAAGACGCCCAAUGGCCCGUCUAUCAGAUUCCAUUUGCUCAACACGCAUACAAUGGACGAGCUCAAAAUGACAGGCAAUUGUCUCAAAGGCAGCAGACCGAUCGUCGUCUUUGAUCAGGCCUUUGACGAAUCUGCACACCUUCGCAUAAUCAAAGAGGUGCUCAUGCAGAUCUUUGCUGUACCCCGGACCGCGAGAAAAGCCAAGCCUUUCGUCGACCAUAUCACGAGCUUCUCGAUCGCAGACGGUAAAAUCUGGUUUCGCAGCUUCCAGAUCAUUGACUCGCCCGCGCCGAGCGUCAUUGAUCCGAUACAAGCUGCAGAGGAAGCGACAGCUGCAGCGAUAGCCGAAGGGAUAAGCACAAAGUCAAGCAGAAGCAAAGCCAGUGGUGGACCGCGCAUGACACUCUCAGAGAUCGGGCCUCGCUUCGUUCUGGUGCCCAUCAAGAUAUUCGAGGGUUCGUUCGGUGGAGCAACACUCUAUGCAAAUAAAGAAUUCGUGCCGCCAUCGCAAGUCUACACUGCGCAGAAGAAUGAGCGCGCUCUGAAGUAUCAGACCAAGAAAGCAGACACGCUUCAGAACAAGGCCCGUCGAGAGGAGAUCAAGGAAGAGAGUCGACGUACCGGUCGGCCAGAGCAGCUCGAGAAGCGCUCGAUCUUCGCUUGAACUUAUUCCAGUGUCAGUCGUGUGCCAGUUGAUGUAUUCUUCUCUGCAUUCGCAGAUUGAUGCGCAUGCGAGAUCGGUUGAUUGCAAUGAAUUAUGCGCGUC